UCGGUGGUACUUGAAAAUCUUGGAAAACCCAUCAUUAAAAGAACCAAGAAAAAAGAUACACCUCCAUGGUGGGCUGUUGAUGAUGAUUCUGAUGGAGACCUGGUGAUGACAAGCCGCAGCUUUUUAAAGUCUCAAAGCACUUCUCAGCCUAUUGAAGAAGUAGAAGAAGAGAAUCAUAUUGAAGAAAUGCAGCAAUCUAUACAAGAUCAGCUGGUUACAUCCAUAGAGAAAGACAGCUUGGAAAUUGAUGAAUCCAUUAUGGCCUAUGGACCUAAUCGAAGUACUCCUGGAGUUGGCUUGGACACUUUAGAAGAGCAAGAAGAAAAGGAGAGAUUUUUU